AGAGUCAUUGGUCGGCACCACCAUUAUUUAAGACCUUCAAGUUUUAACCAUAGACCCUUCGAGUUCUUGAUCGUUUCUUGCCAUGGCUACUGUAGUCUCUGACCAAGAUGCAGGGGUUAUCAGAUCGUUUUCAGAAUCAACACCAUUUAGUUACAUUUUAAAGGUAGAGUCCUUUUCAUUGCUGGCGGAUGAUUCAAUUGCGGAGACAAAUGUUAAAUGUGAAUCGGGGGUCUUCGGAGCCGGAGGAUACAAUUGGAAACUCGUGUUCUACCCAAACGGAAACAAGAAGAAGAAUGUAGAAGACCACAUCUCUCUCUACUUGGUAACCGCGGGAGAGAACUCACUCCAGCCUGGUGAGGAAGUAUAUGUUGAUUUCAGGUUAUUUUUGCUUGAUCAGAUAAAGAGCAAGUACUUGGUUGUUGAAGAUGCCAAUACAAGAAACUUUUGCUUUCGAGGGGAGAUGUCUGGUGCAGUCGGUUUUGAUAAACUUGUCUCUCUAAGGGAUUUUACUGAUGCCUCCAAUGGUUAUCUAAUUGAUGAUAAAUGUGUGUUUGGAGCUGAGGUCUUUGUUUGUAAUGGAAGAAGACCCGUACCCCAAGCAGAUUGUCUAUCAAUAAGGAAGACUACCUCAGAGAAGUACAAGCAUACUUGGAAGGUUGGGAACUUUUCAAACUUAGCCGCUCAAUGCUAUGAAGAACGAUUCACUGCUGGAGGCCAGAAAUGGAAGAUAGUUCUCUAUCCCCAGGGAAUCGGUGAUGGAAGGGGUACUUAUCUCUCUCUUUAUUUGUCAUUAGCUAAUCCAGAAGAUCUUGGUGAUGGCCCCAAAGUAUCAACCAAUUUCUGCCUGCGCAUUGUAGAUCAAGUACAUGCACUGCACUGUACUAUGAAUGGUACUAAUCGUAUUUUCACUGGCCCUACUUGGUCUCUCGGUUGGGAUGAUUUCAUUGCACUGGACGAUUUCAGACGGGAAGACAGAGGGCUUUUGAGGGAGGAUACUUGCUUUGUGGAGGCAGAGAUCACGGUCAGCAGAACUGCUAUGGUACUAGGUACCUUAGGCCAAAAUGACACUAAUUCGGAAAGAUGUAAAUGUCGAAAGAUUUGCUCAGGGAUCAAGCAGUUUGUGUGAAAGGAAAAUUCUUCGGAAGUGCAUUUUCAUUUCAAUUAGUCUAAUACACAUUUGAACUCGAUUCAAUUUUAUGUAAAUAGUUUCCAAUGAAUGUGGCAACUUUGCUGUUAAUGGAUUAAAUUUGGUUCAAUUAUUUUGCAAUUUUGGUUGCUCCUGAGCGUUCUUGACAGUUGACAUUAAGUUAUCAACUGAGUUUUUAAUUCAGCAUAGUGUUUCAUAACAUAAACAAAGACCUCAGGUCCCCAUUAGGACCU